AAUUCAAACCGUGCACACUGUUUGAUAGAUUGUGCAACUACAGCCUCAAAUAUUGAAAUUUAUUUUUUCUCAUCACAUUGUUAAUAAAGGCAAAACAAUGAGUGACGAUUAUCUGAAUAAGCCUAUGUCAUUAGAUGGAACCUUCAGCGCACCAGCACCUCCAAGAGGAGCACCCGCACUUUCAUCUCCUUAUCUCAAUUAUGACCCCAGAUAUUUUCAAAAGGCUCAACCUGAAUUUAUAUUUCCUGAGGGUGCAUCAAAACAAAGAGGAAGAUUUGAAUUAGCUUUUUCGCAAAUUGGUUCUUCGGUUAUGAUUGGAGCAGGUAUUGGAGGUAUGGCCGGUUUUUAUAAUGGUGUAAAGGCAACAAAUCUAGCGAAACAGAGUGGAAAGCUUAGAAGAACACAACUCUUAAAUCAUGUAAUGAAGCAAGGAUCUGCAACUGCAAAUACCUUAGGAACUAUCGCAGUACUUUAUUCAGCCUUUGGUGUAUUACUUUCGUGGGGAAGAGGUGAAGACGAUGAAAUUAAUACCAUUGCUGCUGGAGGUGCCACAGGACUUUUGUAUAAAUCAACAGCUGGCUUAAAAAAAUGUUUUAUUGGUGGUGGAGUUGGACUGGCACUAAGCUCCUUGUGGGUUCUUUAUAACGUUGCUGGAUCAAAAAAAAUUAAUGAAUUUAGACAGUACGUAUAAACAAAUUAAAGAAAAAGAAAAUUAAUGUUUCCAUAAGUAGCUGUAGACAUAAAAUAAAGGCAUAAAAUAUACAUUUAAAUUAAUCAUUGCAUUUUUGAA